AUGCAUAAGAUCUUCUUCGCCGUUUUGGCAACGCUGGUAUCAGCGCAAGCCGGUGUUCCACGGGACUAUCAAACAGCACCAAGAAACUACCUGGGACCGGAAAUGCCAGAACCAAGCAGCGUCUACCUGCCACCGAUGAUAGGAGAGAUGCAGGAUGAAUCCAUGGGCGAAGACCAAGAAAGGACGAGCUACUCAGCAAUGGAACCGAAGAAUGUCUACCUCCCUGCGCCGGAGCACCGGUACCUUCCGGUCUCCAACUCGGCACAGACAUCCGGUGAUUCGUGGGCUUCAAGUGGCUCAAGGGCUUCCUCGAAAUGGGGAAAAGACUCGUUUUCCAUCAGCCCAUCAAUGGGAAUGUGGGAUUCUAAUCAAUACGAUGGUCGAUCAGCCAGCCAGGUGAACUUCCGAGGUUAUCAGGAGAGCUACGAAACUACGGAACCGGCAAAGUACCAGUUCGAGUACGCCGUUAAGGACGACGAGUCCGGCAACGAAUAUCAGCAGAAGGAAGGACGCGAUGGCGAACUAACCUGGGGAGUCUAUUCUGUCCUGCUUCCGGAUGGACGGAAGCAGAUAGUUGAGUACGAAGCUGACCAGGACGGCUUCAAACCAAGGAUCAGCUACGAGGAGACCAGACAACGAUCUCCCCAAGGACCUUACUGAUGUCCACGUGCUCCGAACCCUGUCCAUGUAUAAAUCAUGCCGAAUAAAUGAUA